AUGAUUUUUUUGGUAUUUUUACUUGGUCUUCAAGCCCAAACAAGUGGUAUUCCAAGCCUUCAGACAUGCACUAACGAGUCUAACUUCGAUGGCCGGUUCGCUAACUCGACCAAAAUCGUCGGUGGAAUCGCUGCAGGAGAAAAUCAAUGGCCCUACCUCGUAAGACUCAUCAUCGAAAACCAGAAUGGGCAGCAAAUGCUGUGCGGGGGAACUGUCAUUGACAAUAAAUGGGUUCUAAGCGCUGCUCACUGCUGCGAAGGAGCUCGCUGGAUCGAUGCUACUUUCGGCGAUUGUGUGAUAACUACACAAGAUUCAAGCGAGUAUACUCUUCGCUCCUACAAUUUCUUCAACCAUCCAAAAUAUCGAAAGUCAAGUUUUGGUGCUCCACGAUUUGAUGUCUGCCUGAUCGAAUUCUCCGAAGACAUCAUCGCUUUGGAUCCAGAGAAAAAUGUUCACAUGGCCUGUUUGACCAAUACUAUUCCAAAACAUGCGUCAAACUGCUGGAUCGCCGGGUGGGGAACAACAAGCGCCGGCGGUUCCAUUUCUGAUCCACUUUUGCAAGCUAAUGUUCAUAUUAUGGACAAGAGCUACUGCCGAGCGAAGACAAACUAUCCCUACUACAGCUUGACAAAAGAAAUGAUCUGCGCUGGAAAACUCGAUAGCAACUACUCUGAAUAA